AUGUAUGUAUGUAUUUAUGUCUUUGUAUGCACAUCUACAGCCCAAUGUCUGCCUGGAUCAAUCUCUCACGAUGGCCUGGAGUUCUGCGAGACGUGUCCUAUUGGUCAUUACCAGUCUGAAUAUGCACAGAAAAACUGUCUCCCCUGCCAGAAUGGAACGUCCACUCUCAGCCGUGGCAGCCGUCUUCAAGAAGAUUGCAAAGAUUUGUGUAAAGCUGGUCACGUGUCAGAAACUGGUCUCGAACCCUGCAUGCCAUGUCCCGUUGGCAGUUACCAGUCAGAAAUGGGGAAGAACGCUUGUUACCUGUGUCCCAAUAAAUCUCCCACGCCGAACGCGGCCUCCACCCGGAUUCAGGACUGUGCAGACUGGGAGUUUCAGGGUGAUUCCUUUUUUGGACAAACCCACCAAAGGCCCAAGAUCUCGACAAGUAUCUGCUUCGUGAAACCUUGCUUAAAUGGAGCGACGUGUCAACCAAGAGGUCACGGAUUUUUCUGCGAAUGUGCUCCUGGCUUCACAGGUUCCGUUUGCGGUGAAACGGUGGACAGUUGCCAAGCCAAGCCAUGCCUCAACAAUGGCUCUUGUACCAAUGACAACGGGACCUACAAAUGCACCUGUAAAAAGGGAUUCAGCGGUAAGAAAUGCGAAUUUGGUACGAAUGCCUGCCUUUCUACCCCGUGUCGUAAUGGAGGGAUAUGUGAAAACACUCUGUCAGGUUUCAAAUGUACCUGUUUCUCUGGAUUUGAAGGUGACACGUGCGAGAAUAACACCGACGAGUGUGCCAGCGACACGUGCCUAAACGGCGGCACGUGCAGGGACCUUCUACAUGACUACAAGUGCCAAUGCAGGUCUGGAUUUACAGGGAUCAACUGUGAGAUCAAAGUCGAUCAGUGCCAUGCGGCGCCCUGUCAGAACAACGGCACCUGUUUCGAUGACGAGGACGAUGACGGCUACAGGUGUCAGUGUGUGCCAGGUUUCACGGGAAAGAAAUGUGAACAGGAACUCAAUGAAUGCGCAUCGAACCCGUGUAAGAAUGCCGGAAGUUGUGAAGACAAGAUCAACGGUUUCGUCUGCCACUGUCAUUCCCAUUACACUGGGUUGAGCUGUGAAACAGAGGUCGACGGGAGCUACAGUCUGCAAUUUGAUGGACCCAGCACGAUGUCGUACACAGCGGUGAAGAUGCAGCGCCCCCUGUCGGCAUUCACGUUAACCUUCUGGAUGAAGACUAAGGACAAAACCAACUACGGAACCGUCGUCUCCUACGCAACGCCACUCGAUGCCAACGCACUUACAGUUACUGACUAUAACGAAUUUACCUUGUACAUCAAUGGUAAAAGUGUAACAACAGAUGUUGUUGCUAACGACGGUCUCUGGCAUCAUAUCGCAGUCACGUGGUCCAUAGUCGAUGGCAGCUGGGAGAUUUAUUUGGAUUCGGAGGUCAUUAACCAAGCAAAGAAUUUAUCCAAAGCUCAAAAAAUUGAAGGGAAUGGAUUGCUCGUGGUUGGCCAGGAACAAGACUCAAUGGGGGGCGGCUUUAAUUCCCGCGAAUCCUUCAUUGGAGAACUUGGUCAGAUAAACCUCUGGGACUACAAACUGGCCCCUACAAAAUUCAAAGCCAUGCUCACGAGUUGUGAAGAAUUCGGUAAUGUGGUGUCUUGGCCCUCAUUCCAGUCUGGUUUACGGGGUCGAGUGAAAAGUCUAUCGAGUACUUUUUGUUCAGACUGUAAACAGCCCCAGAAGGUAGUCCAGGGCAGUGUCCAAGUGGCCGGCAACACGACCGGUUCCAAUGCUCUCUAUUCGUGCAAUAUCGGCUACAAACUGAAAGGAGAAAAUGAUCGAGUUUGCCUUGCCACAAGCGACUGGAGUGGAGCCAAUCCGAAAUGUGAGAAGAUCCUCUGUGACAAACCAGAGUCGCCGGCCAACGGUGCUGUCAGUGGUACCCGCCACACCUUCGAUAACAGGAUCCGUUACAUCUGUAACCAUGGUUACCAACUGGUAGGAUCCAACAUGUCGUAUUGCAAUCUGAAUGGAUUAUGGAGUAACCCCACACCCAAGUGUUUAGAAAUCGUGUGUGACGCCCCUGUCGUCUCUAAACACACCCAGAUUUCCUCGACGAAGAAAGUUUACAAACCAAGGGACCAGAUAUCUUUUUUCUGUUCAAAGGGCUAUAGAAUCCUUACCGGUCACUCAUCAAUUACAUGUCAGCCGGAUGGCUCGUGGGACAAAAGUAUCCCUUCUUGUGACGAAACAUAUUGCAGCAAUAUACCCGAAAUACAGAAUGCUCAACCAGAAUCUAAGGUGAAAACUCGGUACUUCGUUGGUGACAAUUUAAAAUACAAGUGCGACUUUGGCUACAGGUUGGCCAACACAUCCUCUUCGUUUAGCACACUUGGGUCUGUCCGGUGUAUGCCCGGAGGUAAAUGGCAAUCCAACUUACCCAGUUGUGUGAUCAUCGAUUGUGGAAAACCACCGCAUGUCGAACAUGCUGUUGCCAAGUACAACAAAACUGAGUAUCUCCAAAUAGUUCGCUAUGUGUGUGAAUCUGGCUAUAAACUAUUGCCUCCCGAAUAUCUCGAGUGCUGGGAAGAGGGUGUAUGGUCAUCAGAGACACCUAAAUGUUUACCUGUCGUUUGCCAACCACCAGAGCGUGUCGACAAUGCAGAGACUCUGGUCAGUAACUAUACAUAUGGGAGCACACUUCUUUAUAAGUGCAAAACACAUUUCACUUUGAUCGGUAACCGAGAACGCAAGUGUUUGGAAAAUGCUACCUGGUCUGAUGUGUCACCAAUCUGUAAACCGAUUCUUUGUCCGAAGCCCAAACCAACUGAAAAUGGUUACGCAAUGUCCGGUGAUUACAAGUUUGGAUCCACUGCUGUUUAUCAAUGCUACGAGGGCUUUGAGAUUUUGACGACGCCCGAAGUUUUGUGUGGUAGCAACGGUACCUGGUUGAGUGAGCCACCUAAAUGCCAGGCAGUCAGUUGUCUAGAUCCCCCAACUAUAGAAAAUGGAUUUUAUAACAAAUCGUCGAGAGGUUACAAAGUGAAUGAUGUUGUCGAGUAUUUCUGCGAUGAAGGUUAUGUUUUAGCGGGAAGUGACGAAAUAAGAUGCAGUUCAAAUAAGUCUUGGAUUCUCGAGAUUCCUGUUUGCGUUCCGAUAAACUGCAGCGAACCUGAAGACAUUGAGAAUGGCGUCACUCAAGUGGAAGGUGUGGAAUUUGGAAACAUCGUCGAGUAUGUAUGCCUUACAAAUUACAAACUGGUCGGAGAAGCUCAGCGGAAGUGCCUGUCUAACGAAACAUGGGAAGGUGAGGUGCCUUAUUGCAAACCAUUGAGUUGCAGUGAACCUCCCAAAGUGGCCAACACAUCAAUCUCCUUCUCUACUGAUCUGAGAGUCGGUUCAACUGUAAAAUAUAAUUGUGAUAGCGGUUACCAUCAUAGGGGAGACCAGAUGAAAAUUUGCUUAAGUGACCUGACGUGGAGUGCUGCUAACAUCACAUGCGAACCGGUAUAUUGUAAAAUGCCUCCAAAUAUCGAACAUGGAUAUAGGAACUUCACAUCCAGAACCUAUCAGUCUGUUGUCAAUUAUGAGUGCAAUUCCGGUUUCAAGCUCACUGGAAGUAGUCAGCAAGUCUGUACUGAAAAUGGAACUUGGUCUGAUGAUGAACCUACAUGCAAAGCCAUCCUUUGUGAUUCUCCAUCGCAUUUUAUCUCAAAUGGUCGUAUGCACGGUGUGGAUUUUAGUUAUGGCGCUGUUGUCAACUACAGCUGUGAUUCUGGUUAUUUGUCCUCAGACAAAAUGAACCGUUCAUGUCAGGCAAAUGGAGAAUGGGACAGCCCGGUUCCUGUCUGCGAGAAAGUCAAGUGUCCAGUUCUGUCAGUGAAACGAGGACGUGUGUCAUCGUUUCGUAGAGACUAUGGUGCCAGUGUUUUUAUUAAUUGUUUUGUUGGUUAUUCCCUCGUCGGUAUUCCUCGUCGGACUUGUCUGACCAAUGGUUCAUGGAGUGGUGGUAACAAACCAUUUUGUGCUAAAAACUGUGGCUUUCUACCUCGCAUUGCCUAUGGUGCGGUGAGGACGAGAUCGAAAUUUGGACAAAAUGCUACCUACUCAUGUAUACCAACCUACGAAUUGGUGGGCAACGUGAAUCGUACUUGUCUACAGAAUGGACAGUGGUCAGGUAAAGCUCCAGUCUGUGAACGGAAACGCUGUCCUGCAGUGAUAAACAUUCUGUAUGCUACAGUGUCAAAAGUGUCUGCUGGUAGUAAGGUUUAUGCCGAGUAUCGAUGCCAACCCGGGUACGAAAUGAUUGGAAACAGUACUUUACAGUGCAUAAGCAAUUCUUGGGUGCCUGCCAAUCCACCCAAGUGUGUUAGACUUAGAUGUCCCGGGUUAGGGAAGCUGGAACACGGCAAAUUGCUAACCGUCGAGAGGUCAGUAGGAACAAGAGUUCAGUUCGAGUGUGAUGAGGGCUACAAAAUGAAAAAACGCACCUCAAUGUUCUGCACUGCGUCGCUCACUUGGAAAGGUUACAUGCCCGUGUGUGAGGCAAUGGGGUGCCUCUUGCCAGCAAGCAUUCCCAAUGGUUUUAUCAAUGAGCAGAGCAUAUCAAUCCAAGAACUUGUUCUUCAGACGAAAAAGUCGACAAAAACAGCAAAAUCAGCGGCUUCGUCAACUGCGUAUGAGGUUGACGAUGUCAUUACAUAUUCUUGCGAAUCAGAUUACAGAAUCGUCGGCACGUCAACACGAACCUGUCUGCCUGGAUUCGUUUGGUCUGGUGAAGAACCAAAAUGUGAACAGAUAAUGUGUGACAAAAUAAACAUUGUCAAUGGAUAUAUAUUCAAAACUUAUGAGCGCUACCCGGGGGCAAAACUGGUUUACAACUGCAACAGGGAUUAUCGAGCACGCGCCUCCUCCACCACAUUAAUAUGCUCCAAGGAAGGAAAAUGGACAGGAGAAGAACCAAUUUGUGAUCAAAAAACCUGCAAGAAUAUUACAGCACCGCCACAUGGGCGAUUCAGCUCGAACAAGAGGUCAAUUGGUGCUAAAGUGGAGCUUAUCUGUGACAAGGGUUUUGAGCCUCAUCCGAAUGUAUAUAUAUUUUGUCUGCCGACCGAGAGGUGGACCACAGACCAAGUGAAAUGUUCUAGGGUCUCUUGUAAAAGAGUAGCCUCUAUUGCUAAUGGCUAUAUUGUUGGCAAAAACUACAGCUACAAUGGUUCCAUAAAAUAUGAGUGCAGUUUUGGCUACAGACUUGUGGGAAACGCUGAACGUUUGUGCUUGGCAAACAAACAGUGGUCGGGCACCGACCCUAAGUGUGAAAAGAUCUCGUGCAAAGAUCCUCCUACAAUAGCCAACGCAUUUUAUACCCAUAUUAAGCGUUCGGAGAUCGAAUCCACAGACUCCUUGGAAGAUGUUAGGUACUAUUGUGAGGAGGGCUACGAUCUGAUCGGGGAUCCUAUCGUCACUUGUAAUGAAGAAGGACUCUGGGACGUUAACAACAUCACCUGUGUGCUAAUAGUAUGUCCUGAGAUCAAAACCUUGCAACACGGUUCAAUAUCAAGUAAUGGUCUACAACAAUACGUGCCUUACACCCAGUUGACCUUCUCCUGUGAUGUCGGCUACAUUCUCGUUGGUCAUUCAACACGAUUGUGCCUCUACAAUGGGUCCUGGGAUGGCACACUACCAAAAUGUGAUAAAAUUGUCUGCCCUCAACCUGAAGAAAUUCUUAACGGAUUCAUUAAACUUCCACCCGAACUAAAUUACGGUCAAUCAAUCACGUACACCUGCUCAGAGAACUAUAUACUCGAAGGAAGCGCUAUACGCAUGUGUCAAUCCAGUGGUCAAUGGACAAACAGUGCCCCGGUGUGUGUUUUAAAUAUUUGCCCCGAACCUAAGAAACCGGAAAACGGAAUUGUGAAAUACAAGAGUAUUACAGUAGGUUCCAAUGCAUUUUACUAUUGCAAGGAAGGUUAUAAUCUGAUAGGUCCACCAACAAUCACGUGUCUUGGUAGUAAAUUGUGGAGUUCAGAAACCCCCAUUUGUAAAGAAAUCGAAUGUGAGGUGCCUAGUGUGAAAAAUGGAAGAGCUGUAGUCAAGAAAAUAAAAGACCGACCGGAUAGAGCUGAAUACAAAUGUGACACUGGUUAUAAAUUAGAAAUUGAAGUUUCCUAUUCACAGGUGUGCAUCAAAGGAAGAUGGAGCGGAUUGGAUCCAAACUGUGUCCCAAUAGAAUGCCCUGAACCACCUCAGGUGAAAAAUGCUUUCAGCAAUGGAAGCUAUUUUAUUGUAAACGAUAUCGUACAAUACACAUGUGAUGAUGGUCACCGCAUGAUUGGGCAGUCGACCCUGAUAUGUGGGGUUAAUGGAACUUACAUUGGCAAAGUACCUGAGUGCAGGCCCUCAAUGUGCGGCCCACCACCUGUUAUACAGUAUGCCACCACUCUAACGACCACCUACAACGAUAAAAUGGUAUUCACCUGCAACGACGGUUACUACUUGAAGGGCAACUCUACGGCCUGGUGCCUUUCUAACAGGACCUGGUCCCCACUGAAAGGGGAAUGCGUUCCAAUCGACUGCGGAAAACCUCCCCAAAUCAGUCGAACUGAAGGUAUCGACUUACCCAAUGGAACGGCCUAUGGUGGUUUUGCCGAGUAUAAUUGUGAGGAGGGCUAUAUGUUGGGUGCAAAGAAAUCCUUAAAGUGCCAGUCGAAUGGCAGCUGGGAAGCCGCCAGUUCUUUGGAGUGCAUUCCAGUUGACUGCGGCCCUCCGCCGACUGAAGACAAUGUCAUAUAUACUGGGACCGCGUUCACGUUUACCAAACAUAUAUUCUAUAACUGCGAGAAGGGUUACAAACGCAAGGGGCCGUUCAUCUCG